AUGAUGGCGCUCGGAUGUAUGGGGACGACGACGGCGCGCGCGCGGGCGCGCGAUGGUGGACGCGCGGACGCACAGGGGCGGACGCGUGGGAGGCGGGGCGUGCGAUGCGUCGUGCGCGCGAACGCGCCGCGGGAGGGGACGGAGCGAGCGAGCCCAUUCGCGUUCACGCGGGAUUUGGACGGGGUUGAGAAGCAAUUGGCGGCGCUUCCCACGCCGGCGCGCCUGGGGGCGUACGGUGCGGUCGUGGCCGCGGGCGCGGCGUGCGGGAACUUUAUCGGGGGCGUGAUGCCGGCGAACGUGCGCGAUGCGGCGAAGGUUGCGAUGACGGCGGUGGUCGGCGGGGGGGCCGCGUACGGGGUCUCCGUCGCGGAUAAGAAGCGAUUCACCGCGGCGCCGAAGGUUUUGCUCAACGAGCUUCAAGGUCGGGAUCCGCUGAGCGUGAGCCCGGAAGAAGUCGCCGCGGUCGGUGCGCGAUUCGGGAUCUCCAACUUUGGCCAGGCGUGCUCGACUGAAUUGACGGAGCUCUACGACGUCUACCUCAUGUCCCUCGUCCCGCAAGGCAUGGACCCGGUGCAAGGGUGGGAAGCCGCGGCGCUCGCGCAAUUCCGCGGCACGCUCGGCAUCGACGACGCCUCUGCCGCGCAGGCGCACUUGGAGGCGGGUCGACGUUUGUUCAGAAAGCGCAUCGAGCUCGGCUCCGCGGACAAGGACACGGAUUUGGAGUCGCGCAAGGAGUUCCAAAAGCUCGUCUUCAUCUCCACGCAAACCUUUGGUGAGGAGCAGGCGCGCUUCUUGCUUCCGUGGAAGCGCGUCUUCCGGGUCUCCGACGCUCAAGUUGACUUGGCGAACAGAGACAACGCGAGCCAGCUCUUGCGCACGAGCCUCAGCAACUCGAACGCCAUUGCGAAUGUCGACGCCGCGGCCAUUGCCGCCGGCGCCGACUACAAGGCUUCGCUCAACUUGGACGACGACGCCGCGGGUGAAAUCGCGCGUGAUCUCGCCACGGCGCAUGUCGCGGGCAUCGUCAACGCCACGAUCUCUUUGAACAAGGAGCGAGGCUCUGCGCGCGAUGUUGCGUCGAUCUGCAAGAACAUUGACGAAGUGUUGGGUUACAACGCCAAGCUCGAAGCGGCGCAAGGUUCGUUCCCGGGUGUCGGUCCGGUGACCCUCUUCGGCGGUGAGUUCGAAUCAAAGAUGACCGAGCUCAAGGAUGUUUUCAGGACCUACCUCGAGGAGGGCCUCAAGGGUUUUACUUUCAGCGCGGCGUUGAACGACAGCCUCGGCAAGCUUCGCCUCGUCUUCGGCAUGGGCAACAAGGAGGCUGACGACAUCAUCCUCGCCUCCACCACGACGUCUUACAAUUUGGCGCUUCGCGACGCCGUCAAGAGCGGCAAGUUGGAGCCGGCCGAGUCCCCGGCCAAGGUGCUUCAAGCAAUGUGCGAGGGCCUUCGUUUCCCGCCGGAAGUUGCCGCGGGCAUUCACGAGGAAAACUACCGCACCAAGCUCGAGUCCAUCAUCUCGGCGAGCAAGAAGCUCACCGACGACGACGUCGCCGCGCUCGCGCGCAUUCGCAAGCUCUUGUGCGUCCCCAAGGGCGUGGUUGAGAAACUUCACUUCCAAAUCUGCGGUGACGUUUACCGCACCGCCGUUCGCUCUGCGCUUUCCGUUCCGACUGAGUCCUUCACCCCGGCUCUUCGCGACCGAUGCAAGCGAGUCAAGGCAGAUGUUCGUCUUGACGAUGAAACCGCGCUCAAGAUCCUCGGUGCGGAAGCUCGCAAGCAGUUCAACGUUUACAUCCGCACUUCCAAGUCCAUUAGAAACAAAACUGACGCUCAAAAAGAGAUUCGUAAGAUGAUCUUCUACAACCAAGGCGUCGUUACUCCGCUCGUGCGGGACGUGACCAAGGCGAAGGCUGAGGCGGCUGCGGAGGAGCUGGCCUCGCUCUUGAAGGAAGCGCAAGAGGCAGCGGCGAAGGAAGAAGCGGAAGAAAAGGCAGCGGCUGCCGCCGAGGCCCCCGCCGAGACUGAAGCUUCCGCCGAGUCCGAAGAACUCCGAUGGGCGGGUGAAACGUCCUCCGAGGCGCCCUCCGAGGAGAAGGAAGAGGCUCCUGUGGAGGAGAAGGAGGAAGAACCCGUCGUUCAGCAAGAGGAGGAACAGUUCCAGAAGGAGAUCACUCUCGCCGAGGACAUGGACGUCAUUACUCGUCAAGCCAUGUACAGAGAGUACUUGAUGUUCUGCAUGACGGGUGACCAAGUCAACGCGCCGAUGGGUGUUCGCAUCAACAUCGAGCGAGACCAGAGUGAGUUCAAGCGGUUGUCGCAGCUCGGUGAGAUCCUUGGCCUCCAAAUGAUGGAAGUCGGCCAAGUGCACAAGGAUUUGGCCGACAAGGCGUUCCGCAACCAAGCCGAACAAAUGCUCGGUGACGGUCGUGGCUUGACGGCUGAACGCGCAGAAAAGCUCAAGGAGAUCCAACAACAGCUCAACUUGCCGGAGCAAGAGGCUCAAAAGAUCAUCAAGGGCAUCACUUCGCAACGUAUGAUGCAAAACGUCAGCCAGCAAAUCUCGUCGGGUACGCUCGACGGUGCUGAGAUUCGCAAGAUGGCUGAGCAAGGUGUUGAAAUUGAGCGCAUGAUUCCGGAGGACAAGCGCAUGAACUUGUUCCGCAAGAAUGCAGAGCGUCGUCUUGGCGACGGUACGGGUAGCGCAGACAUCGACGCCCUCACCACGCAACUAGUUGAAGAUCUCAAGAUUGAUGGCGCGAAGGCCAAGGACGAGCUCAAGAAGAUCGCCGCGGAUAAGAAGCGCUCUCAAAUGAUUCAAGGCGUCGCCGUCUUGCGUCAAAAGAAGGCCGCGGAUGUCGUGUUGAGCUGCCGUAACUUGGUCGCGUGCCAAUCCGUGGCGCCCGACAGUAAGCUUGAGUGGAAGGUGGAGUCCGAAGUGUUCGACAUGUACUCCGUUUUCGUUCAAGAGGUUUCGGACGCGGAGGAACGCAAGGUGCUUCGAGCGGCGUUGAACAUUAGCGAUGACAACGCCGAAAAGCUGGAGCGCAUUGUCGCCGAAGGCGCCUUCAAGUUCAGCGAGGAUGCUCUCGACGAAGCUCUCUUUUAA